GAGAUUCGGGGGCUGGACAGCUAGGCUAAACAUCCUGUCGGAAUAGCACCGGAGACGAAUUAAACUAAAACCAAGCAGCAAACAUGUCUGGACGCUCAGUUCGAGCGGAGACCCGAAGCCGCGCUAAAGAUGACAUGAAAAAGGUGAUGGCAGCCAUUGAGAGGGUCCGGAGAUGGGAGAAGAAAUGGGUUACUGUUGGGGACACGUCUUUGAGAAUAUUCAAGUGGGUACCUGUGGUAGACACCAAGGAAAAAGACAAAGUUGCAGCUGGUGUGGUCAGGGAUCUGAACAACUUCUCAGAUCCGAGCUCAGAUAACACACAUCUGUUGGACUUUAAUGAUGAGAACAGUAACCAGAGCUCGCUGUCCGACACAUACCAGCCAAAAAUAGACAGCAGCAGUAACUCCAGCCCCCUGCCCAGCGAGCCUUUGAGCCCAGUGCACGCCUCUGGCUUCCGCACUGACGACUCCCAGCCUCCCACGCUGGGCCAAGAGACCAUGGAGGGUGAGAAGACACACCGACACUUACACCUCGAUGAUCUCAUGAUUGCAAAGCCUUCCUUGACAUGUGAAUUAGCGGAUGGACCUCCAACACUGAUUAAAGAGGAUCUGUUGACCCUCACAACUCAGGAGGAAGAAGAAUGUUCAGGGGCUCCACCACUAAAGAGAGUGUGCUCCGAGCAUACUCCUGUCAUGCAGGUUUCAACCUUGAGAUAACACACAUUGCACUUAGAAUCAGGUUCAAAGUUCUAGUCAUUUCCGGCAUUGCAUUGAUUUACUCCAUGAAUCGAAGAGUCUCCCAUUGUUUUCAGGGAUUGAGUGGGCUCUAAUUCAUGGGUGAGUUUAUUAGUGACAUUGCUGAAGUGAUGAGACGUUGGUUUACAUGAGUAAACCCAACCUCGCUAUCUUAUGACAAGCAAGUUGCACGAUUAUCAUUCAAUUCUGUCUUCUGUCUUCUUUUGACGACUUAAAAAAACAAACAUUUAUGGACCAUAAGUACUGAGCUUAUAUUGAUACGUACAUUUUCAUUUGUUAUGACCUCGUUUUUGCCAUGAAAUGGUUUAAUGGUUAUUUUCCUUUGGCUAUUGUGCCUGAAUAGAUUGAAAACCAAAUCUAAAACCAAAUAGGCAUGGACUAUUCCAAGGGUAAAAGUGCAAUGAGGUAGACUAGAUCUCUCCUUUUUAUUUUCCUUGACAGGGAAAGUACUAUUGCUGUCAGGAAAAUUGUACUUUUUACAUAGAAGAAUGUGUUAUUUAUGUAAAUGUUGAGAUUGCAUCAAACUGCAAGUAAAUAUAGUGAGUUAUAAAGAAAUACUUACAAAAUAAGCCUUGGAUGGUGAUCUACAAAUGUUCUUGCAUUGGCUCUACUUGAGUGAAGUAUUUGACGUUUAAAUGACAAAAGUGGACUUUUGCAAAACCUUUUUUUUCCUACAAGGUUGUAAUUUCAAAUCCUAUUGCUUGCAUAAGCAUCCUGAAUAUAUUUAUGACAUCCUGAAUACAUUCCAGGCAAGUAGGCUAUAGCCAUUCUGUUUGUUGAAUGAGGAUACCUUUCUUUAGUGCUCUUAUGUAAUUAGAAUGUAUUCAUUUAGCAGACACCUUUUGUCUGGUCUUAUGUCUGGUAUUUAUCUCAAUGUAGUUAAAAGUAAAGAGAAAAUUAAAAUGUUGUUUUACAUCUC